GAACCAGCUGCGGGGUGCGUGGCCGCGGGAAAAGACGAAGCAACCUCGGUUUGCACUGGGAGACAAAAUGCAACGGUAGGAGCGCGGAGCGAACUCCGGGGCUUCGGUGCGGGAAAAGUCUCCUCAGACCCCCCAUCUUUACUCGGCUCCGGAAUGGCCUUGGACGCCUCUCACCUCAGCUUGCCCGGCCGUCUGUGGUCUGCUCCCCCUGGCUGCGCACCCGGCUUGGAGUGAGCCUGAACCUUCCCUUGUGCGUGUCCCCUCUCCCCGUCUGUCGCCGGAAGGGUUCUGAUAUUUCCAUUUAAGCUACAGAUGAGGAUGUAUGGUCUGAAAUCUUAAACCAUGAGUCUAGCACUUAACGAUCUGCUCAUUUGCUGCCGACAAUUAGAACAUGAUAGAGCUACAGAAAGAAGGAAAGAAGUGGAGAAAUUUAAGCGUCUGAUUCAGGAUCCUGAAACAGUUCUAAAUUUAGAUAAGCAUUCAGAUUCCAAACAACAAAAAUAUUUGAAUUGGGAUGCUGUUUUCAGGUUCCUACAGAAUUAUAUUAAAAAAGAAACAGAAUGUCUGAGAACAGCAAAAUCAAAUGUAUCAGCCUCCACACAGACUUCCAGACAGAAAAAGAUGCAAGAGAUCAGCAGUUUAGUCAGAUACUUCAUCAAAUGUGCAAAUAAGAGAGCACCCAGGCUAAAAUGUCAAGACCUCUUGAAUUAUGUCAUGGAUACAGUGAAAGAUUCAUCUAAUGGAGUAACUUAUGGAUCUGAUUGUAGCAACAUACUACUCAAAGACAUUCUUUCUGUGAGGAAAUACUGGUGUGAAAUAUCUCAGCAACAGUGGCUAGAAUUGUUCUCUGUGUACUUCAAGUUGUAUCUCAGACCGUCACAAGAGAUGAAUAGAGUUUUAGUGGCUAGAAUAAUUCAUGCUGUCACUGGAGGAUGCUGUUCACAGACUGACGGAUUACCUUCACAGUUUUUAGAUUUUUUUUCCAAGGCUGUUCAGUAUGCAAGACAAGAGAAGAGCUCUCCUGGCUUCAGUCAUAUCUUAGCAGCCCUUGUCAUUUUCCUCAAGACGUUGGCUGUCAACUUCCGGAAACGUGUGUGUGAAGUAGGAGAUGAAAUUCUUCCUACCUUACUGUAUAUUUGGACUCAACAUAGACUUAAUGAUUCUUUAAAAGAAGUAAUUAUUGAACUAAUUCAACUGCAGAUUUAUAUCCAUCAUCCACAAGGAGCUAAAGCCCCUGAAAAAGGUGCCUAUGAAUCAGCGAAAUGGAAAAGUAUCUUGUACAACUUAUAUGACCUGCUGGUGAAUGAAAUAAGUCACAUAGGAAGUAGAGGGAAAUACUCUUCAGGAUCUCGUAAUAUUGCAGUCAAGGAAAAUUUGGUUGACUUGAUGGCAGAUAUCUGUCACCAGCUUUUUAAUGCAGAUACCAGAUCCGUGGAGAUUUCUCAGUCUUAUACUACACAAAGAGAAUCCACUGAUUACAGCGUGCCUUGUAAGAAAAGGAAAAUAGAAGUAGGCUGGGAAGUGAUAAAAGAUCAUCUUCAGAAGUCACAAAAUGAUUUUGAUAUUGUGCCUUGGCUACAGAUUACAACCCAAUUAAUAUCAAAGUAUCCAUCCAGUUUACCAAACUGUGAGCUGUCGCCAUUACUACUAAUACUGUACCAGCUUCUCCCUCAACAGCGGCGUGGAGAACGCACACCAUAUGUGUUGCGAUGCCUGAUGGAAGUUGCCUUAUGUCAAGGCAAGAAAUCAAACCUAGAAAGCUCUCAAAAGUCAGAUUUAUUGAAACUGUGGAUUAAAAUUUGGUCUAUUGCCUUUCGUGGUAUAACUUCUGAACAUACACAAAAUGAAAACUUUGGUUUACUUGGGGCCAUUAUUCAAGGUAGUUUAAUUGAACUUGACAGAGAAUUCUGGAAGUUAUUUACUGGCUCAGCCUGUAAACCUUCAAGUCCUUCAGUAUGCUGUUUGACUAUGGCACUUACUAUCUGUGUAGUUCCGGAUGCAAUGAAAUUGGGAAUAGAACAAAGUAUGUGUGAAGUAAAUAAAAGUUCCUCUAUAAAGGAGUCAAUAAUGAGAUGGCUCUUAUUCUACCAGUUAGAGGAUGAUUUAGAAGUCAGCACGGAACCACCCCCGAUUCUUCAGAGUAAUUUUCCUCAUCUUGUACUGGAGAAAAUUCUUGUAAGUCUCACUAUGAAAAACUCACGAGCUGCAAUGAAGUUUUUUCAGAGUGUGCCAGAAUGUGAACGGCACUGCCAAGAUAAAGAAGAGCCUUCGUUUUCAGAUAUAGAAGAACUAUUUCUGCAGACAACUUUUGACAAGAUGGAUUUUUUAACCACUGCAAAAGAAUGUGCUGUAGAAAAAUUUCAAUCUACUGUUAGCUUUUCUGUCCAUCAAAAUCUUAAGGAAUCGUUGGAUCAUUAUCUUCUGGAAUUAUCAGAAAAGCUUCUAAAUAAUUAUUCGUCUGAGAUUACAAGUUCAGAAACACUUGUCCGGUGUUCAAGUCUUCUGGUGGGCGUUCUUGGCUGCUAUUGUUAUUUGGGUAUAAUAAUGGAAGAGGAAGCAUAUAAAUCAGAAUUGUUCCAGAAGGCCAAGUCUCUAAUGCAGUGUGCAGGAGAAAGUAUCUCUCUAUUUAAAAAUAAGACAAAUGAAGAAUCUAGAAUUGGUUCAUUGAGAAAUGUGAUACAUCUGUGUACAAGUUGCUUGUGUCGGCAUACCAAGCGUAAUCCACACAAGAUUGUAUCCGGCUUUUUCCUACGAUUGUUAACUUCAAAGCUUGUGAAUGACAUUGCAGAUAUUUGUGAAAGUUUAGCAUCCUGUAUAAAAAAGCCAUUUGAUUAUGGAGAGGUAAAUUCCAUGAAAGAUGCUGCUGAUGAAAAUCUGAUGGAGGCACAGGGUCCAUCAUCCUCAAGUCUGUUUAGUGGUUACCCUGCUAGUACUGUGAGCGAUGCAAAUGAUUCUGGAGAGAACCAGAAUACUGUUGGUGCCAUGAGUCUUUUAGCUGCUGAUUAUCUGUCAAAACAAGAUCAUCUUCUUUUAGACAUGCUCAAGUUCUUGUGCUUGUGUGUAACCGCAUCUCAGAGCAAUACAGUGUCUUUUAGAGCAACUGAUAUUAGAAGAAAGUUGUUAAUGCUACUUGAUUCUAGCACACUGGACCUCACUAAAUCCAUCCACCUACAGAUGUACUUAGUGCUUCUGAAGGAUCUUCCUGGAAGAGACCAUUCGUUGCCAAUGGAAGAUGUUGCUGAACUUCUGAAACCAUUAUCCCUUGCAUGUUCUCUGCAUCGUCGUGACCAAGAUGUUUGUCGAACAAUUUUAAGCCAUGUCCAUCAUAUAGUGACAAACCUAAGUCAAGGCAGUGUGGACACUGAGGGCACAAGGAAUGCUCGGGGACAGUUCCUGACAGUGAUUGGGGCGUUUUGGCAUCUAACAAAGGAGAAGAAAUGUAUAUUCUCUGUAAGAAUGGCAUUAGUAAAGUGUCUUCAAGCUCUCCUUGAGGCUGAUCCAUAUUCCAAAUGGGCAAUCCUUGACAUAAGGGGACAAGACUUUCCUGUAAAUGAAGUAUUUCCACAGUUUCUUGCUGAUGAUCAUCACCAAGUUCGGAUGUUGGCUGCAGGGUCAAUCAACAGAUUAUUCCAGGAUAUGAGACAUGGAGAUUCCUCUGGAUGGUCGAAAGCACUGCUUUUGAAGUUUCAGCAAACAGCUUUUAAAAAUGCAUACCUGAAAGCAGAGGCAGGAAUAAGAGACGUGGUGACUACAUCAUGUGUUACUCAGAACCCUGAUCUUCUGGAUGAGAUUCACAAUAGAAAAUCUGUUUUACUGGUGGUGAUAGCUGUGGUCUUGCACUGUAGCCCUGUGUGUGAAAAACAGGCUCUGUUUGCCUUAUGCAAAUCUGUGAAGGAAAAUGGAUUAGAACCUCAUCUUGUGAAAAAGGUUUUAGAGAAAGUCUCCGAAUCUUUUGGGUGCAGAAGUUUAGAAGACUUUAUGACUUCUCAUCUAGAUUAUCUGGUUUCAGAAUGGCUGAACAUUCAAGAUACUGAAUACAACUUAUCUUCCUUUCCUUUUAUUUUAUUAAAUUACACAAGUAUUGAGGAUUUCUAUAGAUCUUGUUACAAGGUUUUGAUUCCACAUUUGGUGAUUAGAAGUGAGUUUGAUGAAGUGAAGUCCAUUGCUAAUCAGAUUCAGAAAUGCUGGAAAAGUCUGUUGAUAGACUGCUUUCCAAAGAUUCUUGUACACAUUCUUCCUUACUUUGCCUAUGAGAGCACAGGAGACAGCAGCAUAAUACAGAAGAGAGAGACUGCUACCAAAGUCUAUGAUAUACUUAAAGGUGAAGACUUACUAGGAAAACAGAUUGAUCAAGUAUUCAUUAGUAAUUUACCAGAGAUUGUGGUGGAGUUACUGAUGACAUUCCAUGAAACAGCUGAUUCUGAUGCCAGUCAAAGCACUGACCUCGCUGACUUUUCAGGGGAUUUGGAUCCUGCUCCUAAUCCACCGUAUUUUCCAUCACAUGUUAUUAAAGCAACAUUUGCCUACAUCAGCAACUGCCAUAAAACCAAGUUUAAAAGCAUUUUAGAAAUUCUUUCUAAAAUUCCUGAUUCCUAUCAGAAAAUUCUUCUGGCCAUUUGUGAACAAGCAAAUGAGACAAAUAAUGUCUAUAAAAAGCACAGAAUUCUUAAAAUAUAUCAAUUGUUUGUUAGUUUAUUACUGAAAGAUAUAAAAAGCAGCUUGGGAGGUGCUUGGGCCUUUGUUCUUCGGGAUGUUAUUUACACAUUGAUUCACUAUAUCAGUAAAAGGCCUUCUCAUUUCACGGAUGUAUCAAAGCAUAGCUUUUCCCUUUGUUGUAAUCUGUUAAGUCGAGUUUGCCAUACAGCUGUAACUCACUGUAAGGAUGCCCUAGAAAACCAUCUUCAUGUCAUUGUUGGCACACUUAUACCACUUGUGGAUUAUCCGGAGGUUCGAGAACAGGUAUUGGAACUGUUGAAGUACUUGGUGAUAGAUAACAAGGACAAUGAAAACCUCUUUGUCACGAUUAAACUUUUGGAUCCUUUUCCUGACCAUGUUGUUUUUAAGAAUUUGCGGCUUACUCAGCAGAAAAUCAAAUAUAGUGGAGGACCUUUUUCACUCUUAGAAGAAAUUAACCAUUUUCUUUCUGUGAGUGCUUACAAUCCACUUCCACUGACCAGGCUUGAAGGAUUGAAGGAUCUUCGAAGACAACUGGAACAACAUAAAGAUGAGAUACUAGAUCUUAUGAGAGCAUCUCAGGAUAACCCACAGGAUGGCAUUGUGGUGAAGCUGGUUGUCAACUUGUUGCAGCUAUCCAAGAUGGCAGUGAACCAGACUGGUGAAAGAGAAGUUUUAGAGGCUGUUGGAAGGUGUUUGGGAGAAAUAGGUCCUCUGGAUUUCUCUACUAUAGCUGUACAGCAUAAUAAAGAUACAUCGUAUACCAAAGCCCUUGGGUUACCCGAAGAUAAAGAACUUCAGUGGACUUUGAUAAUGCUAACUGCCCUGAACAAUACACUGGUAGAAGACAGUGUCAAAGUUCGAUCAGCUGCUGCUACCUGUUUGAAAAACAUUUUGGCUACAAAGACUGGACACAGUUUCUGGGAGGCUUAUAAGACUUCCGAAGAUCCCAUGCUGAUCUACCUACAGCCUUUUAGAACAUCAAGGAAGAAGUUUUUAGAAGUACCCCAGUUUGUUAGAGAAGAUAUCUUAGAAGGCCUGGAUGAUGUGAAUCUGUGGGUUCCUCAAAGUGAAAGUCAUGACAUUUGGAUAAAGACUCUGACAUGUGCCUUUUUGGACAGUGGAGGCAUAAAAAGUGAAAUUCUUCAGUUAUUAAAGCCAAUGUGUGAGGUGAAACCUGACUUCUGCCAGGCUGUGCUGCCAUACUUGAUCCAUGAUGUCUUACUCCAAGAUACACAUGAAUCUUGGCGGACUCUGCUGUCUACACAUGUCCGAGGAUUUUUCACUAGCUGUUUUAAACACUUCUCACAGGCAAGCCGAUCAGCAACUCCUGCAAGUUCGGAUUCAGAGCCAGAGCACUUUCUCCGAUGCUGUUUGGAUAAAAAGUCACAAAGAACAAUGCUUGCUGUUGUCGACUAUUUGAGAAGGCAGAAGAGGCCUUCUUCAGGAACAGCUUUUGAUGAUGCUUUCUGGCUGGAUUUGAAUUACCUGGAGGUUGCAAAGGUGGCUCAGUCUUGUGCUGCUCACUUCACAGCAUUGCUCUACGCAGAGGUCUAUUCAGAUAAGAAAAGCAUGGAUGAACAAGAGAAAAGAAGUCCAACAUUUGAAGAAGGGAGUCAAGGUACAACUAUUUCUAGUUUGAGUGAAAAAAGUAAAGAAGAAACAGGAAUAAGCUUACAGGAUCUUCUCUUAGAGAUCUACAGAAGCAUAGGAGAACCAGACAGCCUGUAUGGCUGUGGUGGAGGGAAAAUGUUACAGCCCCUUACUAGAAUACGGACUUACGAACAUGAAGCAAUGUGGGGAAAAGCCUUAGUAACAUAUGACCUUGAGACCGCAAUCUCCUCUUCGACCCGCCAGUCAGGAAUAAUUCAGGCUUUGCAGAAUUUGGGGCUCUCCCAUGUUCUUUCCAUCUAUCUAAAAGGAUUAGAUCAUGAAAAUAGAGAGAGGGAUGCUGAACUGCAGGAACUUCAUUAUCAAGCAGCGUGGAGGAAUAUGCAGUGGGACCUCUGCAGUUCUGCCACCCAAGAACUAGAAGGAGCCAGUUACCAUGAAUCAUUGUAUAAUGCUCUGCAGUCUCUAAGAAACAGAGAAUUCUCCACAUUUUAUGAAAGUCUCAGAUAUGCCAGAUUGAAAGAAGUUGAAGAGUUGUGUAAGGGCAGCCUUGAAUCUGUGUACUCGCUGUAUCCCACACUUAGUAGACUGCAGGCACUUGGAGAACUGGAAAACAUUGGGGAGAUUUUCUCGAGGUCAGUCUCAGAUAGAGAUCUCUCUGAAGUGUAUUUGAAGUGGCAGAAACACUCCCAGCUUCUGAAGGACAGUGACUUUAGUUUUCAGGAGCCUCUCAUGGCUCUACGCACAGUCAUUCUGGAGAUCCUGGCGCAAAAGGAAAUGGAGAACUCCCAAGGAGGGUGCUGUAAGGACAUUCUUACCAAACACCUUGUAGAAUUCUCUGUUCUGGCCCGAACCUUCAAGAACACCCAGCUCCCUGAAAGAGCAAUAUUUAAAAUUAAACAAUAUAAUUCAGCUAUUUGUGGAGUCUCUGAGUGGCAUUUGGAAGAGGCACAAGUGUUCUGGGCAAAAAAGGAGCAGGGUCUUGCCCUGAAUAUUCUCAAACAAAUGAUCAAGAAGUUGGACUCCAGCUUUAAAAAGAAUGAUGCAGGUCUAAAAGUCAUAUAUGCUGAGUGUCUGAGGGUUUGUGGCAACUGGCUGGCGGAAACCUGCUUGGAAAAUCCUGCAGUCAUCAUGCAGACCUACCUAGAAAAGGCAGUGAAAGUUGCUGGAAGUUAUGAUGGCGAAAGCAGUGAGCUCAGAAAUGGACAGAUGAAGGCAUUUCUCUCAUUAGCACGUUUCUCUGAUACUCAGUACCAGAGAAUUGAAAACUACAUGAAAUCAUCAGAAUUUGAAAACAAGCAAGCCCUCUUAAAAAGAGCCAAAGAAGAAGUGGGCCUUCUAAGGGAACAUAAAAUUCAGACUAACAGAUACACAGUAAAGGUUCAGAGAGAGCUGGAGCUAGAUGAGUGUGCUCUCCGUGCGCUGAGAGAAGACCGUAAGCGCUUCCUGUGUAAGGCAGUUGAGAACUACAUCAGCUGCUUGCUGUGUGGAGAAGAGCAUGAUGUGUGGGUAUUCCGGCUUUGCUCCCUCUGGCUUGAAAAUUCUGGAGUUGCUGAAGUCAAUGGCAUGAUGAAGAGAGAUGGAAUGAAGAUUUCAUCAUAUAAAUUUUUGCCUCUUAUGUAUCAAUUGGCUGCUAGAAUGGGAACCAAAAUGAUGGGAGGCCUAGGAUUUCAUGAAGUUCUCAAUAAUCUGAUCUCUAGGAUUUCAAUGGAUCACCCCCAUCAUACUCUGUUCAUUAUAUUGGCUUUAGCAAAUGCAAACAAAGAUGAACUUUUGAGCAAACCAGAGGCAGCAAGAAGGAGUAGAAUACCCAAAAAUGCACCAAAAGAAAGCUCUCAGCUUGAUGAGGAUCGAACAGAGGCUGCAACCAGGAUAAUCCAUACCAUCAGAAGUGAGAGGUGUAAGAUGGUGAAGGACAUGGAGGCACUCUGUGAUGCCUACAUUAUUUUGGCAAACUUGGAUGCCUCUCAGUGGAGGAACCAGAGAAAAGGCAUCAAUAUUCCAGCAAACCAGCCAAUCACUAAACUGAAGAAUUUAGAAGAUGUUGUUGUUCCCACUAUGGAAAUUAAGGUUGAUCCCACGGGAGAGUAUGAAAAUCUGGUGACUAUAAAAUCAUUUAAAACAGAAUUUCGUUUAGCAGGAGGUUUAAAUUUACCAAAAAUAAUAGAUUGUGUGGGUUCUGACGGCAAGGAAAGGAGACAGCUUGUCAAGGGCCGUGAUGACCUCAGGCAAGAUGCUGUCAUGCAGCAGGUUUUCCAGAUGUGCAAUACACUGCUGCAGAGAAACACUGAGACUAGAAAGAGGAAACUGACUAUCUGCACAUACAAGGUGGUUCCCCUCUCUCAGCGAAGCGGUGUUCUUGAGUGGUGCACAGGAACCAUCCCUAUUGGUGAAUAUCUUGUCAACAACGAUGAAGGUGCUCAUAAAAGAUACAGGCCAAAUGAUUUCAGUGCCCAUCAGUGCCAAAAGAAAAUGAUGGAUGUCCAGAAGAAGUCUUUUGAAGAGAAAUACGAUACCUUCAUGACUGUUUGCCAAAACUUUGAACCAGUUUUUCGUUACUUCUGCCUGGAAAAAUUCUUGGACCCAGCUGUUUGGUUUGAGAAACGAUUGGCAUAUACGCGUAGUGUGGCCACGUCGUCUAUUGUUGGUUACAUCCUUGGACUUGGUGAUAGGCAUGUACAGAAUAUCUUGAUAAACGAGCAGUCAGCAGAACUCGUACACAUAGAUUUAGGAGUGGCUUUUGAGCAGGGUAAAAUCCUUCCCACUCCAGAAACAGUUCCUUUUAGACUCAGCAGAGACAUCGUGGAUGGCAUGGGCAUCACUGGUGUAGAAGGUGUCUUCAGAAGAUGCUGUGAGAAAACCAUGGAAGUUAUGCGCAGUUCUCAGGAAACUCUGCUAACCAUUGUAGAAGUCCUUUUGUACGAUCCUCUCUUUGACUGGACUAUGAAUCCUUUAAAAGCUUUGUAUUUGCAGCAGAGGCCAGAAGAUGAGACUGACCUCCAUUCUACCCCCAAUGCGGAAGAUCAAGAAUGCAAACGAAGUCUUAGUGAUACUGACCAGAGUUUCAACAAAGUAGCUGAACGUGUCUUGAUGAGGUUGCAGGAGAAACUGAAAGGCGUGGAAGAAGGCACUGUGCUCAGUGUGGGCGGACAGGUGAACUUGCUUAUCCAGCAGGCCAUGGAUCCCAAAAAUCUCAGCCGACUCUUUCCAGGAUGGAAAGCUUGGGUGUGACCUUCAGCUCAGGAAUUACUCUAAACUCAAGACUUCAGAAAUUACAUAUCAGCCACCAUAUUUGGAUGGAAAUUAGUUAAUAACUGCUUUUGAACCAGUCUUCUCCUUGAUACAUAACCAGCCAAAAAUUAAUAUUUCUGCUCUUGUAUGUUAGGAUGAAUGUUGACUCUUAAGAUCAUGCUUGUAUUGUUUUCAGUGGGAUCACUGAGGUGCACAGUGACCUGAAGCCAGUGGGAGCAGCAGAGUGAGUUUUGCUUUGGUGUGUGUUAGGACGAGUUUGUAACUCUUGCUCUAAGCAGUCUUUAGUUAAAGCAAGUUCCCAGACAGUCACUGUGUGAGCAUGUGCGUGCGAAUUCCAAAGUACUUAGUAAUACUGUAGAAAGGGUAGACGUUAAAAUUAUAACUGUCACUAUAUCAUGGGAAACUCACAUUAAAAUAAAUGUUGGACUGGAGUGUAGCUCAGUAUAAAACAAGUGCCCAAACUGUCUGAGGCCCCAAGUUCAAAACCAGAAUUGCAGAUUAAAGGGGUGGUGGGGAAUGGAGUAAAUGGUGUUGAAAACAAAGUAGUAUAGGUUGAACACACUUAGUUUCAAAGUCCAAAACAUGAGAUGUUCUGGUAUCCAAAGCUUUCUGACAUAUUGAGCACAUUUCAGAGGUUCAGAUUAGGCGCAUAGCUAGUCUUAGCUUGCAGUCGUCACAAAUGCUUUACAAUCUGAAAAUAUCCAAAACCAGAGGCAGCUCUGGUCCUCGGCAUUUUUAGGAGGGGACACUGAAUAAACCUGCACUUAAGAAAUGGUCUGCUUUCAAGCCAGGCGUGGCGGGACUGUCAGAGCUACACAGAGAAUCCCUGUCUCUAAAACCAAAGCAGAAGAAAUGUUCUGAUUUCAGUUGCAGGAUCACUCAAUGUUCCCAAGUGAUGAGGUCUGGAGAGGAAGAGCAUGUGUAGCUAGUGGUGUUUAAGUGAGUUCUGUGCUCUUCCUGUUUCAGACCCUCUAGUAUUGACCAUUGCUGUAUGUUUCUUUCUUAUCUUUCUCCUAGUUCAUGAAUUCUCCUGUUAACUACAUCUCAUCUCCUAGAUUCCUUCAAAAAUUGUUUUUCAGGGUUGACAAUGUGGCUCAGUAGGUAAAGCGCUUGCCGUACAAGUUCCGCCUGAGUUCCGCCCCGAGAACCCAUGUAAAGCUGUUCUCUGACCUCCACAUGCCUGCCAUGGCACAUGCAUGUCCACACACAUACAACAAUGAAGCUUAUUUUUAUUUUUACAAGGGAAAAAGUAGAUUUUAUUUUCAGCUAUGUGCUCUGGAACUAAUAGACCUCUACCUGCUUCUGCCUCCCAGGUGUUGGGAUUAAAGGUAUGCAUCACCAUACUCAGCUUAAUGAACUUUUCGCGUCCUUUUCUGUCACUAACCGUCUUACACGUCUCAUGCUGGGUGUUUAUAUUGUUGAUUCUUGAGUUUGGUGGGCUAGUUUGUCUUUUUGAAAGGUGAGCUCAUUUUCAGCCCCCUUCUUACAUAUGUGUGUGUGUGAGACUCCUGCAUGGCCUAGGUUAAGAGUGAUUCUUCAAGAGAGUUUGCUCAUGUCUCAUCCCCAGGGACGUCACAGACAUUCCUCGGCUCCAGGCUGUAGGUCUCAGGAAUAGUGUAGAUUGCUGAGAGCAGAAGAGUCUCCCAGGCCAUGACAGAGGCCUCUGUUAUCUCUGUGCAAAUAGGCAGAGUGUUGUACUGAUACCCUUUUCAGUGAAAGCUAAGCCUGCAUGUGCAUCAAGGUGGUAGGGUGAAGGGAGGUGCAUCUAAUGUCUCUCCCUUGCUGUUUGCAAGCCUAAGAUUCUUUAGUCCAUACACAGACACUCACACACAUAUAUAUAUACAUCGAUACACAUAUGGAUGUUUGCAUUAUUGUGUGUGUGUAUAUAUAUGUAUAUAUGUAUGUAUAUAUGUGUGUAUAUACAUAUACACACACAUACACAAAGCCAAACUCUUGGUUUCUGCAAACUAUUAUGAAAAUUAUUUUGCAUUUUAACUUUCCUGCUUUGUGUCUUUUGUCAGAAUUUGAUAUUAUGAAUAUUUGUUAUCUACUUACUGUAGUAAUCAAGGGGAUGUGUUGAACUUAGAAUGUCUUUAAGAAAGUGUUGAUCUCCUCAUAGAUAAUGAUAUUAGCUAAUAACGGCUAGUUAAAUGAAUUUGUAAUAUUUCUGUAGUUAAAUCACUGAAGAGGUUGGAAUAAUAUAGUUGAUCCAUUCUUCACCCUUGAAUUAUAUGCCACAAACAUAUUUUAUUGAUGACUUUGAAAAGUUUAUAUUAGGUUUUCAGGUAAACCUAGAAGCAGCUAAUUGAAAUAUAAAAAGAUUAAAUUAUAAAAUAUUUUUGACAAACUUGAGUAAGAUGGGCAGUUACAAGGAGCCAAUGAGGUGAGAUUUACAGGUAUUAAAAAUCAGGUAUUUCCUUUAUGCCAAGUACCUGACAUGUCUAUCAGCAGUAUGUUUGAUUCCUACAACCAAAACUUGUAAUAAUGGAUGGUUUUCUUUUUUUUAAUGCUUUGAAAACUAAAAUUUUUUUACUGUACUCAUUGUUUAAAUCCAUGACAAGUGCUUCACCUAUACACAUAAAAUUACUAAAUUGUUUUAUAUAUACAAUAUAUACACCUAUAGAAAAAGGAAGUAGGAAAAUAUUAAUAGAUAAAAAUAUAGCAUAUAGACAGAGUAUUUAUGCAUUCCAGCCUUGUUUGAGUGACAGGUAAAGAAACUUGUUACAAGUCAUAAUGCCUCCAUAUCUGCUAGGAAAAGACCGCGGCAUCUCUGAGUCACCUGGGAAAAGCCAUAUUCCUGUUUUGCUUUUGAAAAUAAUUAUUCGUAGGUUUAUAUUUAUUAAGUAUAUCCUUAAGCCUUUCAUCACUUUAGAAACCUAUAAAAUUAGCAAACUAAGCUACAUUUUAGUAAAUCUUUUGAUCCCAGAAAGCAAAACUGGGCAACAGACCUAUAUACAAAGUACACAGUUGAAAUCUUUGGGCAAAAGCCAACAAGAAUGUUAAUGGAUGAGUAGCUCUCCUAGUCCAGUCCUAUCAAACUGUGGAUCACAGCGGGCGGAUGAGCAUGCCCAGCUGCUGCUGCUGUGUAAAUUCUUUUCAUGAUGAACCUAUAUAAAUAACGCUACGGUUAGGCUAAUAAUAGAAAAAUACUGUUUGUAGCAUACUAUAAUUAGAGAAAGUUAUUGGUAUAAAACACAGAAAAAUAAUCUAUGCCUUUUACCUGUCAGGAAAAAUGGCAACAACAUUGUGAUAUUUAUUACCUCACAAUAAAUUUCAUUGAUUGUAAGUUGAGCCACGAUGAUUGAAACAUUAUAGCAUGAUUUUGCAUACCAUCAGUUCAUUAGAUAAUCAGCAGAUAUAUAGCCCUUGAAUUUUCCAAAACCUUCUUAGUUUUUCAUGUAUAAAAGUAGGAAACCAGAUUAGAGAGCCCUCAGAAACAGAAGUGUUGAAGGUACCAUAUCGUUACAACUCAAAAAUUCAAAAUACAAGCAUCAUACAUACGAGCAAUAAAUAAGUCGGACUUUUGUUCUGAAUGCCUUAGCUAUACACUAAGUGCCCUUUUCCUGAGAGAAGAAAAUGUGCAUAUAAGGCUGGGUUCAUGUUUUACAAUGACUCUUUAAAACAUAUAUUUUUGAUGGGCAAAUUGUAUUCCAAAGUUUUUUUAGGUAGCCGACAUUCAAAACAUUGGUAUACCUUCUAUUUUAUGAAGAAAUAAUUUUAAAGUGUCAGUUGGAAAUUUUUCAUGCUGCUGAUUAGUCAUUAUCUUGUUAACUGAUGACAUCAGGUAUUUCAUUUUAUAUCCAGAGAAAGUAAAAGUUGGAAAAGGUUACUUGUCUGAGGCCAGAAGACAUUGCACACAAGUAUCAUAUAAGCAGUCUCUUCAGUUGAAGAGCUUUUAGUAAAAAGAAUCUGGCGUUCACUGGUCAGGUAUAAGUCAGUGAAAAGCAAAUAGAGAAGCUGGUAGAAAAGGAAGUUAGACAGCUGGUGUGUCUAGAGUGAGGGAGGCAACAGUCCCUCUUCCAACCCUGUGCACCCUCAGAGUGGUCCCAAGUCAGGCCCCAAAUGUAAGGUUGUCAUAGUGUUCACUUAAAAUGGGGAAAAGAUUGUGCACCUAGAAAUCUGUCACAAAUUUAAAUAUGGUAAAAGGAACAAAAGCAAAAAGGAAAAACUUUGGGCACCUUAAGGUUUAUAAUAACCACCUUUUUAAGUAGAAGGCCAGUAUGGAAUAGAGAAAAGUGCCAUUUCAAGUGUUUUAGUUGCACCUUAAUGAAAUUAUAUAUUUUAUAUAGAUGUGUUUAGUGUUAUUAAAUGUAAUCUGUUACAUUGUUACCUGAAUGUUAUAAAAAAAAUUUUAAUAAAGAAUUAUACAAGUUUAUGUUAACGGUACAAGUGUAUGUCAAUUUUAUGAAAUACUUGAUAUGGGCCCAUCAUGGGGCUAGUUCCUAGGGAGACAGCAGUGAGCCCAGAAGUCAGC